AUGACGGAUGUUUUCAUGCCAUGCUGCAUGUUUUGGUCCCGUGUGUUUCCUUUGCUGGACCUGGUUGCGGCCAAGACAUUGGAUCAAUACCUCAGUGAGCUCAGAGCACAGCAGCGUACAGUGCACGCACACAUUGACCAAAACAUGUCGCACGUUGCCGCGUUUGGAGUUGGCGAUACCACUCGCCAGGCCACGAUGCCCAUGUUCUGGUUGUCUGGCUGCACAUCUGCUGUUGCACAUUCCCCAACGCCAGUGUUGACUGGUCAACCCCUCCUGUGCUCGUCCAACCUGCUGCUCCCAGGCCUUGUUUUAGUGCUGUACCAGUAUUUACCUAACCACGCCGCGGUGCGCCACGCCAAGUGCUCAGUGCCCACCAAGGUACUGCCCCUGCAUACACACCACCACUUCGUCGACGCUGCCCGUAUAAGCACCCGUCCUACCAGCUCGUCACCUCCCCGCGCAAACCGGCUGACCAGCCCCGGCUCAUUCACCUCUUCACACAACUUCUUGUUUUGUCUGUUUGCACUUCGAAACACACGGCCAUUCCUGACUUGUGCGGCCACCGGCCCUGCGUCGACGCUCUCCAAUGAUUCUCUAAAUCCUCCUGCUCGCUCGUCUACAACCUUGUACGCGUCGUCUUCUUUCUUCUACACGGCUUCUUUCGCCAUGGCCGUCGUCAUUUCCUCGGAAGACAAUUACUUUUCGUCGUCUUCGCUGCGACGCUCUGCUUCGCACACAAACCUCGACACGUCCGCCUUCACCCACUCGUCACGCAAGGCACCUCCAACAUACGAUCCCUCUUCCAAGUCUUCUUCGGAAUCCGACGCUUCCUCUGCUCCCUCAUCACCCACAACAAUACCUGCUCAAUCAGUACAUGUGUCUUACGCCUCUACUCCCGCCACCAAUCUCUCAAUAGCCUCCGAUUUUGACGACGCCCCGCCCCUCGACGAUUCACCCGAGGACCACUUUGGCCUGCCCCCCUUCACCCAUGAAAAAUACUACAUGCGUCCUCAUCUCGGCUACGACAAUGACGAACACGACGGCCCAAUAGACCAGUCGACCCCAGCUCACGCCUCCUGCCCCCUCGACUCCUCAGAGAGCACCUCUCGCCCCGACACUCCCGAGCUCACCAAGCAUGCCGAGGAUGAUGCCACCAUCGCCAGCCAGCCUUCGAGGCAGGUCGACUAUCUCUCCCACGACUGGAGGGAAGAGGACAUUUGGACGUCGUGGCGCUACAUUGUCACUCGAAGGGGCGAGGUGGCCAACUCGGCCCGCCUCGAGAAUGCCUCGUGGCGAACCUGGAUGAAGGCCAAACAUAAUCUCAAAACUAUCUCUCCAGAGUCUCUCAACUGGUUAAAAGAUUGCGACGUAACAUGGCUCUACGGCCCUCUGCAGUGCAAGCCUGGCCAUUUAUAUGCCACGCACACGGAGCCCUCCAGCUCUACCCUGUCCAAGACGGACUCUCUCAUUAACUUGCAAAAGAAGCCCAUUCUCAAGAAGAGAAGCAUGUCCGAGGUCAUGCUGCAGCGAUCUAUUCUCUCUGCCUCUCUUCUCAAACAGGCCGCGGCUGCAGUUCACGCUCAGGAGCGUAGAGGCAUCCUGACCAACAAGGGCAAGACGGACGACUAUGUCGCCGUUCCCCUGUCAUCCCGCCACCUCAGCGUCACCAGCAACAGCACUGUCGAAUCCAUCGAAUCGUCAGGUCUAUCGUCGCCUUGCAAUGAGCGCAAACACAUUCAUUUUAACGAAAAGGUUGAGCAAUGCAUCGCCGUGGACAUCAAGGGCGAUGAUGACGACGUGGACAUCGAAGUUUUUGACGAUCAAGAUAGUGAUUCCGAUGACGGCUUCAUGAUGAAACGUGUCAAGUCCAAAAAGCGCGGCGUGCCAGUCCGCAAGAGCAAGAGCAAGCGUAACACCAACUGUGAGACGAUUGCUACGCUGCCCCCAACGACACUAAAGUACCGUGGGGAUACGCCAGAGCCUCCAGAGACGGCCAUGAAGCACAGCCGCAGCCCCCUGCUCUCGCCUUCAUCCUCGCAAGAGACGCUUCGACCUACAAAGCAGGCUAAUCGCUUCUACUUUGGAGAGGAGGACGAGGAAGACAAUGAGAUUUCGGUCAUUGGCUCGGGCUGGCGCUCACCCCCCAUGGAGAGCGCGCCCGACGAGUCGACAGGCUUGCACCGCACGUCAUCGGGCAUGCUGAUGCCGUACGAAGCUGUUGAGAACCCCACUGGCGAGGGCAUCAUUGGCCGUGUCAUUGAUACCGUCAAUACGGCACGCGACAUUGCUCACGUUAUCUGGAAUGUUGGUUGGAGAAAAUAA